AUGGCAGUGUCUGAUCAGAAACCUGCUUACGACAACGCGUCGCAGCUCUCGGAUCCCGAGAAGUACACGUCCAAUAGCUCUGACAGAGUUGCUGGAUUUGAAGAUCCUGAUGCUGGGUUGAGCGAUGAGGAGAGGGCGAAGAUUGAUCGCAAGCUUCUAUGGAAGCUCGAUCUCCGCCUGGUACCCUGGCUGAGUCUUUUAUACCUCGUCUCCUUCCUCGAUCGGACAAACAUCGGGAAUGCGAAGAUCGUCGGUCUCACCAAGGACCUGAAUAUGACUCCGAACCAGUAUAAUGCCACGCUUACGAUCUUCUUCGUCUCAUACUCGGUCUUUGAGCCCUUGACCAACAUUCUGCUCAAGCGAUUGCGACCGAGUAUCUUCAUUCCACUUAUUAUUAUGUCCUGGGGUAUUUGCAUGACACUCAUGGGCAUCGUCAAGAACUAUUCAGGUUUGAUGGCAGUGCGCUGGUUCCUAGGUCUCAGCGAAGCUGGUCUCUUCCCCGGUGUCGGAUACUUUUUGUCUUGCUGGUAUAAACGCUCCGAGUUUGGCGUGCGCAUGGCCAUCUUCUUCUCUGCGGCCGCGCUAGCUGGUUCAUUCGGUGGACUACUCGCUGCAGCGAUCGCCAAUAUGAACGGAAUCGGAGGGCUCGCAGGCUGGUCAUGGAUUUUCAUCUUGGAGGGACUUGCUACCUUCUUGAUCGGUAUCGCAUCCUUCUGGUGCGUCUAUGACUUCCCAGAUCAGGCUACAUUUUUGUCGCCAGAUGAUCGGAAACGUGUCCUGCGCCGCCUGGCUUUCGAUCAGCAGUCGAGUGCGGAGCAUGAAGAGUUCAAGAUGUCGUACUUCUGGGCCAGUGUGAAAGACUGGAAAACUUGGACUGGUGCUGUUGUCUAUAUGGGCGCAGACGGUUCGCUUUAUGCAUUCUCGUUGUUUGUGCCCACUAUCAUCAGCGAACUACUGCUUAGCGUGCCCCCGUACGCCGUAGCCGCCGUUCUUACCGUGACGGUAGGGUUCCUUGCAGAUCGCACUCGCCAGCGUGGACUGUGCAACAUCGGAGUAUCAAUUCUUGGAAUUGUCGGAUUCUCCAUGUUAUUGGGAUGCAAGACCGCUGGCGGACGCUACGCCGGAGUUUUCUUGGGGGCGAUGGGGAUCUAUCCUGCGAUCGCCAACACCAUCGCUUGGGCCAGUAACAAUACAGAAGGUUGGUUGUUCUAUUCGUCGGUAUAUCCUCAGCUACUUAUUGAUUUCCCAGGUGUUUACAAGCGCGGUGUGACUCUCGGUUUCAUUAUAGGAUGGGGAAACCUGAACGGGAUCGUCUCAUCCAAUAUCUAUCGUGAUGAGGAUAAACCGCGAUUCUACCCCGGCCAUGGCGUUGUACUGGCUUAUCUUGUUCUAUUUCUCUGUGGUGGCUCGAUCGUGCAGUACUUCCUGCUGCGCCGCGAAAACCGCAAGCGGAUGCGUGGUGAUCGUGAUCAGUGGGUCGAAGGUCUGGACCAGAGUCAGAUCGAGCUGCUUGGAGAUAAACGGCCGGACUUCAUAUACACUUUGUAA